GAGGCAAAAAGUGAGAAAAUAGCCAUUCGGAUUGAGCACUCUUAAUACUGGCUGGGUGUUAUCGGCUGGAUGGAUCGUCUUCCUCGUUUGGUUUCCUGCCGUCGCUUUCCUUCUCAGUCCAAAAAAGCAGCACAGAAGAGGUGGCCGAGAUCUCCUUCCUUCGAGAAAGCUCAGUUUGGUGGUGGUGAAAAGAUUGGACUUUGAUUCCAUCUCGUGCGGAUUGGAGCGAGCCACGGUUCCUCGCGGUAAAAGAUCUCUGCUUUCAGCGCUCGGUUCGGGGCGGAAUUCGAUCCAAGCACCCGCCGCUACUGCCUGCCUAGUGUAGUUGGUUGUUGACAGGAUUCCCUUCAAUUGGAGUUGGUUCGUUCCAUUUCGGUGCUACAGAAUAAGGAAGGAGUCAACUUCGUGGGUGGAGUUGAAAAGGGCAGGCUUCAUCUCCACCAGUCAGCUCUGUGGGCGAUGGCGACGUAGAAGGAAGGUGGUUGACAAGCAGCCAGGGCAGGUAGAGGAAGGCAAGCACGGAGAUGGCGGAGGCCAUGGAUGGAAGCACCUGGGAGGACAUGAUGAGGAGGAUCCUCCCCCCGGGCACUCCCAUCCCUGAGGCGCCGCCCAACCUCGACUACUCCAUCGCCCUCGAGUACGACGGCCCGCCGGUGCCCUACGACCUUCCCAGGGUAGACCCCGUCGAGAUCCCUGCAAUCCCCACGGCGGAGCCAGUGUCCGGCCCCCAGGUGCCUGGAGGGCUCCCCGUGGCGCCCGUCGUUGAGCCCAUCCGCCUCCCUGUCUCCAGGAUCGCCCGCUGUGCAGAUCCGGUGUCCAUGCAGGUUGGUGGCAGCUCUGAGUCAGUCCUGCACAAUGAGGAGUUCGACGACGACGACGACGACUCCCGCACACAGUCGCACGGUUCAGCGCAGAGCUCACCGGGGCCGCAGAAUAGGCCUGAGAUGCAGGAGGGCAGGAGAGCGCCCGUGGUCACCUUUGGCUUCACGCCCAACAGCAAAUACGAGAGCAAGGAGUUUGAGGAGAUGUCUGAGCAGUACGUGGCCGUCACAAAGAAGGAGAAGAGGAGAAGGGCAUGCUAUCGCUGUGGGAAGAGGAAAUGGGAGAGCAAGGAGUCGUGCAUUGUUUGCGACGCAAGGUACUGCAGCUAUUGUGUGCUUAGGAUGAUGGGAUCGAUGCCAGAAGGCCGCAAGUGCGUCACCUGCAUCGGCCAGCCAAUCGAUGAGUCCAAGAGGGCGAAGCUAGGGAAGAACUCCAGGACACUUUCGCGGUUGCUCAGCCCGUUGGAAGUAAGGCAAAUCUUGAAAGCUGAGAAGGAGUGCCAAGCAAAUCAGCUGCGGCCUGAGCAGCUUAUUGUGAACGGUUGCCCAUUGAGGCCAGAAGAGCUGACAGACCUGCUAAGUUGCUCUCGGCCUCCUCAGAAGCUAAAGCCCGGAAAGUAUUGGUAUGACAAGGAGUCAGGCUUAUGGGGAAAGGAAGGAGAAAAACCAGACAGGAUUAUUAGCUCUAACCUCAAUUUUACUGGGAAGCUUCAAGCCAAUGCUAGUAAUGGCAACACCCAGGUUUUUAUUAAUGGGAGGGAGAUAACAAAGAUUGAGCUGAAAAUUCUGAAGGUUGCAAAUGUUCAGUGUCCCCGUGAUACUCAUUUUUGGGUCUAUGAUGAUGGUCGUUAUGAGGAGGAAGGACAAAACAAUAUCAAAGGGAAAAUAUGGGAGUCUGCUCUGACGCGUUUUGCAUGUGCAUUGUUUUCACUGCCGGUGCCUCCUGGGAAUUCAAAUGGAACCAGAGAUGAAGUUCCCUAUUCAGCAAGAACUGUCCCUGAUUAUUUGGACCAAAAAAGGAUCCAAAAACUUCUUCUUCUUGGACCGCCUGGUGCUGGUACAAGCACUAUUUUUAAGCAGGCUAAGUACUUGUACGGGACUAGGUUCACCCAAGAAGAGCUUGAAGGUAUCAAACUAAUGAUCCAAAGCAAUAUGUUCAAGUAUCUUGGGAUUUUGCUAGAGGGCCGCGAGCGCUUCGAGGAAGAGGCUUUGUCUAGAUUGAAUUGCACAACUUCAGAGGGUGAUGAGACUCAGCAUGAUGACAGCAAAGCCAACGGUUCAAAUUCUUGUGUAUACUCCAUAAAUGCAAGGCUGAAGAAAUUCUCAGAUUGGCUUUUGGAUAUCAUAGCAAUGGGUGAUCUAGAUGCAUUCUUCCCUGCCGCAACACGUGAAUAUGCUCCGUUUGUUGACGAGAUGUGGAAGGAUCCCGCCAUACAAGCAACAUUCAAAAGAAAGGAAGAGCUGCAUUUUCUCCCUGAUGUGGCUGAGCACUUCUUGAGCAGGGCCAUUGAGGUAUCAAGCAAUGAGUAUGAACCUUCCGAGAAAGAUGUAAUCUUUGCUGAAGGAGUAACACAAGGAAAUGGACUGGCCUUCAUUGAGUUCACGCUUGAUGAUCGCAGCCCUAUGUCUGAACCUUAUAUUGACAACCCUGAGGCACAUUCCCAGCCUCUGACUAAAUAUCAGCUAAUCAGAGUUAGUGCAAAGGGCAUGAAUGAUGGCUGCAAAUGGGUGGAAAUGUUUGAAGAUGUCCGCAUGGUGAUAUUCUGCAUAGCACUCAGUGAUUAUGACCAAUUGGGUCCCCCUGUAAAUGGCAGCGGUCGGCCUCUUGUGAACAAGAUGAUGCAAAGCAAAGAGUUAUUCGAGGCUACAAUUCGGCAACCGUGCUUUUGUGACACCCCAUUUGUUCUGGUUCUGAACAAGUAUGACCUUUUCGAGGAGAAGAUCAACCGUGCCCCCCUCUCAAGCUGUGAGUGGUUCAAUGACUUCUGCCCAGUUCGGACGCACCACAACAACCAGUCGCUGGCUCACCAGGCAUACUACUACAUCGCUAUGAAGUUCAAGGACAUGUACUUUGCGCACACGAACAGGAAGCUUUUCGUGUGGCAGGCUCGGGCGCGUGAUCGUCAAACAGUGGACGAAGCGUUCAAGUACAUACGGGAGGUUCUCAAGUGGGAAGAGGAGAAGGACGAGAACUACUACCAGGAGGAAUCAUUCUACAGCACCACUGAGAUGAGCUCAUCUCCGUUCAUCAGAGCGGAAUGAGACGAUUUGAGCUGGUACAUACAGGGAUCAUCAUUAACGGUGUAUAUUAAUUAAUUGAAUUGAAUUGAUU